GAGAGAAUAUAUGAGAGACAUUAGAUAAAACUGACACUAAUGCACGAAUACUUCUCUUCAACUUUAGGGGGAAAAAAUAAUUAAAGGAGCAAAAUUGUGAACAAUUUUUGUGCUUUUAUUUUGAAAGGUCGACGGGCAGUUUGAGUAUUUAUUGGGAGAACGCAGCUAAAGUCGCACACUCGGUCCCGACCAACUAUGGAAGCGAUUUAUUCCGUUUUAGGCUUGGAAUGGCUCGACUGGACAAGUGCUUUGCUUUUUCUGUUCGUCUUCCUGCUGUUGAGCGAUGUUUUGACGAACAGGAAGCCCAAGAACUUUCCUCCUGGCCCGCGUUCUCUGCCUUUCAUAGGAGAUCUGCACCGCAUCAGGCCGACCAUACUUCACCUGCAGUUUAAAGAGUUUGCAGCAAAAUAUGGAAAUGUUUUUAGCCUUAAUAUUUUUGGUGGAAAAACUGUGGUCCUGAAUGGAACUAAGCUACUGAAAGAGGCCCUGAUCCAAAAAGGAGACGACUUUGUAGAUCGGCCCCAAAUCCCGCUGUUUUCUGAUUUAAUAGAAAAUAAAGGUAUUGUGAUGACAAAUGGAAUCCAGUGGAAACAUCAGAGGAGAUUUGCUCUUCAUACGCUGAGAAACUUUGGUCUGGGGAAGAAAACAAUGGAGAAAUAUAUUCAGGAGGAAUGUCACUAUAUCACCCAAGCCUUUGCAGAACACCAAGGUAAGCCUUUUGAUGCCCAGCCACUGUUGAACAGUGCUGUUUCCAACAUCAUCUGCUGUUUGGUGUUUGGGGAACGAUUUGAGUACUCUGAUAAGGAGUACCAGCAAAUUCUUCAGGACCUCACCGAGGUUGUGAAACUGCAAGGAAGUUUUUCAGCACUGGCAUACAAUGUAUUUCCUUGGCUGAUGAAGAGGUUUCCUGGACCUCUUCAGAAACUGUUUACUUUGGUAGAUAAAAUAAUGGACUUUGUAAAAAUCAAGAUUGAAGAACACAAAGAAAACCUUGACCCCGCUUGUCCAAAAGACUACAUCGACUCCUUUCUUAUUGAGAUGGAAAAGAAUCAAGGCGAAGACUUUGGUUUUGAUAUCAAAAAUCUGUGUGCAUGCACAUUGGACCUGUUCGGUGCAGGAAGUGAAACAACAACCACUACAUUGUACUGGGGAUUGCUAUUCAUGAUCCAUUACCCCGACAUACAAGAGGAAGUCCACGCUGAGAUCGAUGCUGUGAUUGGUUCAUCCAGACAGCCGUCCAUGGCUGAUAAAGAAAACAUGCCCUACACUGAUGCAGUUAUCCACGAGAUACAGAGAAUGGGGGACAUUGUCCCCAUUGGGGUUGCCCGCAUGGCAAGCAGAGACACCAUGUUGGAUAAUUACACAAUUCCUAAGGGCACCAUGAUAAUGCCAGCUCUUCACACCGUCCUCCAUGAUGAGUCUGUGUGGGAGACGCCACACUCCUUCAACCCACAGCAUUUUCUGAACCAGGAUGGUACCUUUAAGAAAAGAGAGGCCUUUUUUCCUUUUGGUGCAGGUAAACGCGUGUGUCUCGGGGAGCAGCUGGCCAGGAUGGAGUUAUUCCUGUUUUUCACCUCCUUCCUGCAGAGGUUUUCGUUUUCCACAGCCGGAGGAGAAAAGCCCCCCUUGGAGGGCCGGAUGGGAACCAUUCGAUCUCCGAAAUCUUACCGUCUCUGCGCCGUACCUCGCUAAGCCACAAAACAUCUAAAAAAGAAAACAAGAAAAAUUACCGUUUAAAAUCAGCAUAAAGGUUUUUU